ACUACCACUACUGCCACUUCCACUACCAGUGCUGCUACGAGUACUACUACUACCACUACUGCCACUUCCACUUCCGGUACUACUACUACCACUACUGCCACUUCCACUACCAGUCCUGCUACCAGUACUACUACUACUACUACUACUACCACUACUGCCACUUCCACUACCAGUGCUGCUACCAGUACUACUACUACCACUACUGCCACUUCCACUACCAGUAAUACUACUACCACUACUGCCACUUCCAUUACAAGUGCUGCUACCAGUACUACUACUACUACUACUACUACUACCACUACUGCCACUUCCACUUCCAGUACUACUACUACCACUACUGCCACUUCCACUACCAGUGCUGUUACCAGUACUACUACUACUACCACUAGUGCCACUUCCACUACCAGUACUACUACUACCACUACUGCCACUUCCACUACCAGUGCUGUUACCAGUACUACUACUACUACCACUAGUGCCACUUCCACUUCCAGUACUACUACUACCACUACUGCCACUUCCACUACUACUACUACUACUACUACCACUACUGCCACUUCCACUACCAGUGCUGCUACCAGUACUACUACUACCACUACUACCACUUCCACUAUCAGUACUACUACUACUACCACUACUGCCACUUCCACUACCAGUACUACUACUACUACUACUACUACUGCCACUUCCACUACCAGUACUACUACUACUACCAGUACUGCCACUUCCACUACCAGUACUACUACUACCUCUAUUGCCACUUCCACUACCAGUACUACUACUACCACUACUGCCACUUCCACUACCAGUACUACUACUACCUCUAUUGCCACUUCCACUACCAGUACUACUACUACUACUACUACUACUGCCACUUCCACUACCAGUACUACUACUACUACUACUACUACUGCCACUUCCACUACCAGUACUACUACUACUACCACUACUGCCACUUCCACUACCAGUACUACUACUACCUCUAUUGCCACUUCCACUACCAGUACUACUACUACCACUACUGCCACUUCCACUAUCAGUACUACUACUACUACCACUACUGCCACUUCCACUACCAGUACCACUACUACUACUACUACUACUGCC